AUGUUCUCAAAAGUCGUAGCCGUAAGCGCAGUGUUGGCUGUAGCGGCAGCGGGUCUUCUGCCAGCAGCGCAUUACUCUCCAUCUGCUGCAGUCUCCUCACAGAGCAUCGUGCGUCAUGACGAGGCCCACCCUGUAUCCCACGUCGCCCGCUUUGCUGCCGCCCCCGUAGCUCAUGUUGCUGCUCCCGUUGCAUACGCCGCGCCCGCUCACUACGUUACUGCCCCCGCUCACUACGCCGCUGCCCCCGCUCACUACGCCACUGGCCCCGCUCACUACGCCGCUGCUCCCGUUCACUACUCUGCUCCCGUAGCCCAUGCUGAAGAAUACGCUCAUCCCAAAUACGACUUCUCUUACUCCGUGGCUGAUGGACACUCCGGUGACAACAAGUCUCAGCACGAGAGCCGUGACGGCGACGCUGUUCACGGUCCUUUCGGUAUCAAAAGACAACGACGAAUAAAAAAAACCUCAGGAAAAUCUACGACAUCUUACCUGUAUACCGUGUGCAAAGAAAAGAUUGGAUACAAUGUGGGAUCUGUCAAGAUUGGACACAUGAAGCCUGUUCUUCAUAUUAUACGGUACGCGGUUCAUAUUUUUUUGUUUUGA